AGAAUGCCAUCUAGCAUUUCGUCAUAGAGGGUUGCAAGUAACGCACAAAAUUUGGUUGCUGUGUGAGAGAUCGUUAGCGUCCUGGGAGAACCCAAUAAGUACUCACUACUACCAUUUUGAAAAAUGAAGUAUUCGUUAGUAGCUGUGCUUAUUAUAGCAGCGAUAUGUUCGUCUGCGCUAGCCUCUCCGAGGCGAGCUCGUAUGGCACAGUCGGAGUCGGACUCUACUACAACUGCUGCUGAUGCAACUACUGCUGCUGAUGCUCAAGAUGUAACGAUGGCUGAUCAGGAAACUGUAUCACCAUCAACGGAAGCACCCGUUCAAGCGGUAGCGGUACAAGCAGUAGAGUAUAAAGAAACGGAGCAAUCAGCAGCAGCAGCAGAAGGAGCAGCAGCAGCAGAAGAAGAAAAGACAGAAGCACAAGAAACGAACCCAGUCGAACCUAUUCCCGAGGAUGAGCCCAGAGCUGUUGAAACCGUUGUCCCCAACGUUGAAGAAGAAGAUGCCCAAAGCUACGCCAAACCAGCUGAAACAGUGCAAGAAACGCUACACCCCGAAACGGACCAUGUGGAAAAGAAAAAUGAAAGUGUUUCCGAAAGCCAACUGAACGAUGAGCAGAAUGCAGAAUCGUUUUUGAAUUUGCUCUCCGGUGGGCUGCAGCACGUGAAGCGAGCUAUCAGUGAGCUGCAGCUAAAGGUGGAAAAUUUCUUUACCUCACCAAGUGCCGUUGAGAAGCUGGGCGAAUAAGACAAGCAAUAGAGUGUGGUUUUUCAUUUGUAUCACAGUGUGUUGUAUGUUUGGUUUUUGUUUUUGUUUGAAGCUACACUUGAACAAGCUGUUCAACACAUUUCACUUUACAAGUGAGACUGUAUAAUAGUCAUUAGAUGUAAGGCGAAUAGUUUUAAGUGGUCCAUUAGCCAGUUUUUAUAUGGUGUGAACGUUUUAAAAUUACAUUCGAUGAAUAAAGCGUAAUAGAAGCGUUUAAAACAUAGAUUU